UCGCGAAACUGCAAGGACCCCGGCUUUCAGACUGCAGCCCGCCGCCCGCCGCGCCCUCGCGCCUUCGGAUCCCCACGACCAGCGGGCGAGUACCGCAGCCGGGCCCGGCCGCUCGCCCCUACCCAGCCGGGCUCCUUCUCCCAGAGCCCAGAGCCUGCGCCCUGCGGACCCGCCGGUUUCUCCUUCUCUGCGCCCACUGAGCCCACCUGGGAACCUCGGAAGCCCCGGCUGUGAAAGAGGUCAAGGCCACGCCAGGGAAGAUGUACCAGAGCCUGGCGCUGGCCCCGAACCCCAGUCAGACCGCCUACGGGGACUCAGGCGCCUUUCUGCACACGCCGGGCGCCGGCUCCCCGGUGUUCGUGCCGCCCGCGCGGGUCCCCUCCAUGUUGCCCUACCUGCCGGCGUGCGAACCUGGCCCGCAGGCUCCCGCAAUUACCGCGCACCCCAGCUGGGCGCAGGCAGCCGCGGCAGACUCGUCAGCGUUUGGCUCCGGCAGCCCCCACCCACCGGCCGCUCCGCCGCCGGGGACCACUGCCUUCCCCUUUGCGCACAGUUCCCCGGGACCCGGAGGCGGCACUGGGACCCGGGACAGCGGCGCCUUUCAGGGCGCGAUGCUGGCUCGGGAGCAGUACCCAGCGGCGCUUGGGAGGCCCGUGAGUUCCUCAUACCCCACAGCCUACCCUGCCUACAUGAGCGCGGAAGUGGCCCCGUCCUGGACUUCUGGACCCCUGGACGGCAGCGUCCUGCACAGCUUACAGGGCCUCCCGGCUGGCCUCCCUGGCCGCAGGGCCACCUUCGCAGCUGAGCUCCUGGAGGAGUUCCCGGGCGAGGGGCGUGAGUGCGUCAACUGCGGGGCCCUGUCCACGCCGCUGUGGCGCCGCGACGGCACCGGCCACUACCUGUGCAACGCCUGCGGCCUCUACCACAAGAUGAACGGUGUCAACCGGCCCCUCGUGCGGCCGCAGAAGCGCCUGUCCUCGUCCCGCCGGGCUGGCCUCUGCUGCACCAACUGCCACACCACCACCACUACCCUCUGGCGGCGCAACGCAGACGGCGAGCCAGUGUGCAACGCCUGCGGGCUCUACAUGAAGCUGCACGGGGUACCACGGCCCCUGGCAAUGAAGAAAGAGAGCAUCCAGACACGGAAACGGAAGCCAAAGAACAUUGCCAAGACCAAGGGCUCCUCAGGGUCUGCAGGGCACACCACAGCCUCCCCACCAGCCUCUGUCCCUGACCCAGAGGUUUCAGCAGCCACUUUGAAGCCCGAGCCCAGCCUGGCAUCCCCGUCAUGCCCCGGGCCCAGUGUCACCUCCCAGGGCUCUGCACAGGUGGAUGACCCCCUGGCCCCCAGCCACUUGGAGUUCAAAUUCGAGCCUGAGGACUUUGCUUUGCCUUCUGCAGCCCUGGGCCAGCAGGCUGGCCUUGGCGGGGCCCUGCGCCAGGAGGCCUGGUGUGCACUGGCCUUAGCCUAGGUACCUGGGCACCCCAUGGACCCAUCUUGCUGCCUCUUUACUCCAACACAAAAGGAGACUACCAGGCCUGCUGCUAGAAGAGACUGGAGCCAGCUGGACCUGGAAGAGCUGGGUGUCCCUCAACGUGGCGGCCAUGGCCUAUGUAGAUGGGAGGAGGGCUCAAGCCCCCUCCCUGGACAGCAAGGGACCUUCAAGUGAUGUGCAAGGCUCUGGCUGACCCAGGGCUCCCAGCCCCCACUUGAAUUCCGUCGUCAACACUUGCCAUCGUCAUGUUUACAGGUUGUAGCAGCAGGAAAAAACACCUUCCUGUUGUAAAACCAAGAUUACAGGUGAAACGACUGAGGCCAGGCAGCAGCGGGGGCCGAGGGGGCUGCCAGACACGGGGCUUCCCUGGCCUCCUUCAGGCUUCCCACUUCCCAUGUUUGAUGGAUAGAGACACGACAUGGAGACCUUGCCCUCCUUGGAUCAUGGGACAGCCAGGGACAGAUGGCCAGGUUGUACACUGUACCAGGAUGCCACCCCAAGGGGCCAAUCACAUUGUAGUCAUCGUGGACUGGUAUUUAUUUGUAUGGUUUUCCCCAGACAGGGCAGUAAAGAGCCUUCCUUGUUCUGACUGAA